AUGCUGCAGCGGAAGCUACCACCCAUUCUCAGGAUUUCAUUUUUGAUGCUGAGCGCCACAACUCUGGGCAACUCACAAGAAACUGAAGAAACAGUCACCUACACUGCAUCUCUUGGCAAUAACGUCGAGUGCCUCAGCGACAUCAAUGCCGCGCGUGAGGCAGCUGGGCUGCACGACUUCGGGCAGGCUUCAGGUGACGCAGAAUUAAGUAUUCCAGCACCAGAGGAAGGAGAACUAAGCGAAAAAUGGAAAAAGCUUUGCGAGUAUUUGAUCCCACAAACGGAGACAGCGGCUAAGACAAGCUCAGCGAAUCCCUUUGAAAAAGGAACGUAUGCUUUCAAGUCCCUCACUGCCGAGCAACCAAACUGCAAGGAAACAAUUGAUUACUGGAAGGCAGCCUACGAAAACUUCACUGGACUCCCGCCUUCAAAGAAGGAAGGUGGAACACUGUACGACGAUCAAGACAACGUUUCUUUUGUAGCUGUGUACAACCCUUCAUCUAGUGCCACUGCGGACUGCCGUGUCGUCACGUGCACUCAAACGAAUACCACCACUACAACGCCAGGACCUACAAGAGUACAAGCGGAUGGGGGCAGCGAGACUACGAAAAAAGGCUACGCAUUGCUUUGCAAGACGAUGCCUACUGCCUUUGCAAGUGACACCUCUGCUCCAUUCACGCAGGCGCAGUGGGACAAGAUCAUGUCUUCGCUUACAGGUUCCGGGUCAAUAGCAGCUCCAAGCCUGAUUGCUCUUGCCAUUGUGACGUUCGGCAUUAUGACUUUAUGA